AUGGAUUUUAAGACGCUCAAAAACAAAGGCAGACUCAUACUGAAAAAACGAGAGAAGCUGACCGAAGACGUGGUUAAUCGUUAUACAGAUGAGGAAGCUCAACUUCAGUUGAACUUACUGGAAGAUGCUUUCAGUAAGUACAACGAAGCCUACGAUUUGAAAAUAGUGGAAGCCAACGACGAGGAAAUCGACAAGCUCAUAAAGGAUUUAGAAACGGUCAGUGACUACUAUGUUAAAGCUAAAGGUAAAUUAACAGGUCGGUUACAUGAACGGACAGCUGCGACAAGCGUGUCUGAAAAAAGUGAAAACUCUAACAAUACACUUAGACUGCCACCGAUUAAUAUACCUACAUUUGAGGGGGAUUUCGAUGAUUGGUAUCCAUUUAAAGACCAAUUUAUCUCCAUCAUCCAUUCUAACACCUCUAUCGACUACACACGUAAUAUGUACUACCUCAAGUCGAUCUUGAAAGUUUCAGCAGCUCAAAUUAUCGAAUCAAUGGCAACUAUUGGGGACAAUUACCUAGAAGCGUUUACACUCUUACUAAAUAGGUACGACAACGAACGCCUAAUUGUACAGAGCCAUGUUCAACAACUACUGACACAAACCGUUCAUCAAACGGAAACCGCCGUGGGCCUAAAGUCAUUACUUGAUAGCACAAACAAACAUUUAAGAGCAAUCUCAGUACUACAUCAACCAGUAGACAAGUGGGAUGCUAUCAUCAUCGGCAUCGUUGCGACACGUUUGCCUACAGAAGUAAGAAGAUGUUGGGAAAUCGAGUCUGCGUCUUAUCCUGAAAUACCUAUAUGGACAAAACUUAAGAGAUUUAUCGAGAAUCGAUUACAAGCCUUGAAUAUGUUACAAUACAAACCAAGCACUGUAAGUAAUGUUAUCAAUGCUGGUAAGACAAAACAGUUCGUUAGAACUACAGCGCAUUUGGCGACUGAUAGUCAAACCAACAAUCAGUGUUCAAUAUGUGCACAGAACCACAUCAUUUACAAGUGCAAUACGUUUAUGAAAUCAAAACCCAGUGAAAGAUUGAGUUUAGCAAAAAAGGCAAAAAUAUGUUAUAAUUGUUUACGCACAACACAUGGUGCGAAUCAGUGCACAAAUGAAAAGACUUGUAAAAACUGUGGUUUAAAACACCAUACAUUAUUACAUUUGGACAUAAAAAAGGUCAAUACAAAAGAGGGUGAAAAUACUUCAAGUGACCAGGAAAAGGAGCAUGGGUUUCAAAGUACAACAUCUCAUCUUGGAGCGGCAUACCCUACCACAUCUCAGAAUGUCAUAUUAUCAACAGUAUUAGUACAUGUGAGUGGCAAGAAUGGCCGUACAGUGUUAUUCCGAGCACUCCUAGAUUCUGGAUCACAAUCACAUUUUAUCUUUGAUAACGGAACUAGGUAUUAA